CUAGCCUGGACGGCGACGAGAAGGGCGAUCGCUCGCUACUCCUCGUUCCACAAGCGCGAUGUUUGGUCAACCGCAGCAGCAGCCCAAGCCCCCGUACGCGCCCGGUGGCCCGCCGGGAUACGGCGGCGCCACGCCCUACCAAGCUUAUCAGGCCGACCCGGAGGCAGGCUGGCCACAGCCGCCAGUGGACGGGGAGUGGGCGCCCAACCCCUGCGCCAAUUUGCCGCCGGCCGUCCGACUGGCGUUUAUGCGCAAGGUGUUUGCCAUUUUGACGGUCCAGCUAGCCGUCAUUGCCGCGUCUGCAAGUUUCAUCAUGCUCCACCCGGACGCGCGCCACUUUGUGCUCACGAACCACGCGGUGACGCUUGCCGCGAUCUUUGCUCCGCUCGGCUUCAUCGUUGCCCUCUCUUGCUACCAGCACCGCCACCCGCACAACCUCCUCCUCCUCGGCGGCUUUACGCUCUGCAUGUCGUACUCGGUGGGAGUCGUCUGCGCCGCCACCUACGCCGCCGGCCUCGGUGCGAUCGUGUGGCAGGCGCUGCUGAUCGCGGCCGUCGUGUUCCUCGCCCUCACCAACUUUAUGCUCCUCUACAAGCACGACUUUUCAAACCACGGCGUCCUGCUGGGUGGGCUGCUGAUGGUGUUGAUCAUCGUCGGCCUGUUUGUCCCAUUCUUUGGCCCGACUGCGCGGCUGCUCUACUCGGGCGCGGGCGCGCUGCUCUUCACCGGCUACAUCCUGGUCGACCUGUCCAUGUUGAUGCACCACCACGGCCCCGACGACUACGUCCCGGCCGCCAUCGCGCUCUACCUCGACGUCGUCAACCUCUUCCUCUACACGCUCGAGAUGCUGCGCAUCUUUGCGGGCGAUCGUUGACCCGCGGGCAUGCGGACUGGUCUGGGCGCAGCAGCAUCCGCUGAGCAACUUAGGACUCCCCACUACGCGUCGCAAAAAUCGCCGUCCCGACGACCCCUCCUUGUUUAGUCAGUUGCAGUUCCCAAUAGACGCUCUCGAAUCUUCCUGGGUUUCAAUUUGUAGGAGAGUA